AUGUCUGUUUCUAGUAUAAAAAACUAUAAUACAACAAAAAUACUCAAAAAAGCAAAAGAACUAAUAGAAAAUAUUAUUAACAAUAAUAUGUCAGAAAAUAAAAUUAUUGUAAAAUAUGCUAAAAAUAAUCUACAAUGCUUUAUAAAUAAUUCUUAA